GACUCUGUGGGUACUGUUGGCAGAGUUUCCACCCCUGGGCGUCCCGUAUAUAUUGAGCCCAUCAUGCCAUACCAAACACACUGGCACAGACAGGCACUGUCAUCCUUGCCGACCCAUUCACUAUGGCCACAGACCACCAGAUCCCUGCAUCCAAGCAGCAGCAGCCAGGCAGUAGUGCAUUUAAGCUGAUUAUCUAUGAGCAGGAAAACUUCCAGGGACGGUGCCACGAGCUGACUGGUCCCUGUAACAACCUCCAGGAAGCAGGCGUGGAGAAAGUGGGCUCCAUACUGGUGCUGUGUGGACCAUGGGUGGGAUACGAGCAGGCCAACUGUAAGGGGGAGCAGUAUGUGUUUGAGAAGGGGGAGUAUCCUCGCUGGGAUUCCUGGACCAACAGCAGGCGUAGUGACACCCUUGUUGCCUUCCGCCCAAUUAAAGUGGACAGCCAGGAGCACAAGAUUGUCCUUUACGAGAACCCCAGCUUUGCAGGGAAGAAGAUAGAAAUCAUGGAUGAUGAUGUACCCAGCUUUCACGCACACGGCUACCAGGAGAAGGUCUCCUCUGUCAGGGUUCAGAGUGGCACCUGGGUGGGCUAUCAGUACCCAGGAUACAGAGGUUUCCAGUACCUGUUUGAAAAGGGGGAGUACAAAGACAACGCAGAGUUCGGAGCCCAGAUUCCUCAGAUCCAGUCGGUUCGGCGCAUCAGAGACAUGCAGUGGCAUCAGAGGGGUGCUUUUCAUCCCGUCAACUAAGCUUGUGACUCUUUUCUGUCAUGACCCCUGACCUUGCCAGCCUCUUUCCCCCUCAGACAACAAAACCCCCUGUGUCUUACAUUCACACAACACAGCAUUUUGAUAUC